ACUGCAUUGAUUUGUACAGCGUUUUAUCGGAAACACGUUCGUAGAGCACAAAGAAACAAAGAAAAAUGAACAUGUUACUAACCGGAAUAAGUGAUUAACGGGAAAUAAUUUUGAAAAAAUGAGCAGAGAUAUAGCGGAUAAAUUAAUAUUUGCAUAAUAAAACCUGUUGACAAUCACUUGAAUACAGGAAAUGGUGUACAUAUCGGAACUGAUAACGCCAAUCGUCGGGCGGAAACAACGAGUUUUUCAAAUAAGUGGCGGUUAUUACUAUAUUAUGUUCCCAAUUUGUUCAUUAGGAUAAAUGCUUUAAAUAAUGUCGUGAAACAUGUAUGUUAAACACAUGCUUAGGGUGUUCUUACAUUGCAGCUGCUACUUUCCAGCUAUAUACGUGUAUGAUUAUUACACAUAAAAAAUGUCGACGGAGUGUCUUCAGCCGUACAGCAGUCUAAAUUCAACAUGCAUCGGUAACUCUGCAGGCCGCGUUGAUUGGAAUGCACGUGCAACUUGUGGAAAUACCGAGACUCUUGCAACAGCACCAUCAUUCAACCUUUGUAAUUCAGAUGUGAUCUGUGGUAAUAGCUGCCUCUCUCCAGUGUGUAUGAAUAAUCCUGGGUACCCUUGCAAUAUUCCGGAAGACGUUAGACACUGUAUUGCAGCGUUCUUAAGCAGCGGGGACGCCGGCACGUUGUGCAUUACACAUGAUAACAUUAACCAUUACAAACACGUCGCGCACGACUUACAUCACGUGCAACUUGAGAAAAUUUGCAAACAAUUUAUAAAUGAAGUUGACAAAAACGGAAAUAUGAAUGACAAUAUUUUAUCAAAUAAGGAAUGUUUGAAUCAAAACAGAAAUUCAAAUGUGCCUAUUUUUGAAAUAAUGUUCUUGCGACCUGAGGACAUUAAUCAGCCAAACCAGGUCCUUGUCAUAGAUUUAAGAAAAAAUGAGAUUCACAAACUUGAUGUUAAGAAAAUCACAAGGUUCGGAGAAGGUUUUGCUUCGUGCACAGUUUACAAGAAGGAGUGCCCGUAUGUAAUCGUUUCCGGCGGAUGUGGAAAAACUUCAAACUCGUUGCAUAAAUAUGAUGUUGUUGAAAACAAAUGGAUGAUCUGUGACAACAUGAAAAAUCCGCGGUCUAAACAUUGCAUGGCAUUUUUGGACGGUCACGUGUUCAUCAUUGGUGGAAAGGGUUGUUCGUCUGUAGAAAAAUAUAGCAUUGAAAGUAACUUUUGUAACGAGGUUACCAAACUUCCGGUUUGUGUUCACUCGUCGGCCGUGGCUGUUUACAAGCAUAAUAUCUACAUAUUUGGAGGAAAGACUCGGAAAGGAAAUGUUCGAUGUGUUCAGUGCCUCGAUACAAGGACAAAUAAAAUGUCACGUCUCGAUGAUCUACCAUUAGAAUGUUCUGGUGGGCAAGCAAUAGUCGUCCGAAAUACCAUAUACUUCGCUACAAACCAAGGUCACAUGAUCAAAUUCCAUCCAGAUUCCGGCCAAUCAGAACUAUGUUCUCAUCAACCGUAUAUAAGAAAGCACUUUUCUAUGUUUAUAAGAAACAAUAAGCUAACUGUCUUCGGAGGUAUCAAAACUGAAGGACCUAUGACAGAAAACGAGCUAACGGACAAAGAGAACACAAUGUACAGUUAUUGUCCAGAUUCUGACAGAUGGACACUAGUCAAUUCAUACAGUGAAUGUGUACCUGUAUAUACAAGCUGUACUGUGCAAUAUCCGAAAGAAUGUCCAGUAAAACCUUUCAUGAAAUUAUUUGGCUAUUGCUAGCAAGCGAAUAAACAAAUAACAGGCAAAUAGCUUUUUCAAUUCAAACAUGCUAAAAGACAUCAGUGCUAUGUACAAAGUGCGGUAGAACUAUCAUUUAUUGUAUAGUGGGUACCUGCAGUCUGAUCUAUUAAGUUAUCCUUUGCACAUGAAUUAUUUUAAAAUCCAUUUUUUACUUUAUAUUGUGCAAAACAAAUCAUUUUUGCGAAAGUGUUACAAAUUACUAAACGAUCAGAAAAAAUCUAUACCUUUGGUUAUGAUCGAAUGAACAUAUAGCUUUUGAUAUUUCAAGAGAUGUAGAUCCAUCCUAGUGUCAAUUAAUAGUAAAUUUAUUGCAAUGCAAUGCAAAUUUUAUGGCAAGACAGGGUAUACAUAGUGUCCUAUUGUAAGAAAUAUUUGAAUGAUGUUAGUGAUCGACCUUUAUGUUGUUCAGCUUACGAUGCAAUAAUCAUUCCUUGCUUUUUUCAAGUUGUAACCAUAGAAAAAGGCCUACAUUUUAAAUGUAUAUUUGUACUAUUUUUAUCUUCUUAAUGGUAUUGCUAUCUGUUUAUUUUUAAUAUUUGUGUGGUCAUAAAAUAAUGUCAUGUCUUUGCUUGGAACUUUUGUAAGAAUAAAAAAUAAAAAAAUAAAAUAAAAAGAAAUAAAUAAAAAGAAAUGUGGAAA